AUGAAGCAGGAAGUUGUUACUGUAUCAAAGGAAAGUGAAAGUGAAAAUGAAAGUGAGUCGAAAGAAGAAAAGGAAGCUGAGGGCAAAUCGAAAGAAGAAAUUGAAAGUGAAUCGAAAGAGGAAGCUGAAACCGAAAGUGAAAGUACCACCGAAUCGAAAGAGGAAAAAGAAGCUGAGGGCGAAUCAAAGGAAGAAGCCGAAAGUGAAUCGAAAGAAGAAGCUGAAAGUGAAUCGAAAGAAGAAAAGGAAGAAGCCGAAGCUGAAUCAAAGGAAGAAGCUGAGACCGAAAGUGAAAGUAAAACCGAAUCAAAGGAAGAAGCUGAAACCGAAUCGAAAGAAGAAGUUGAGACAGAGUCAAAAGAAGAAGUUGAAAGUGAAUCGAAAGAAGAAACUGAAACCAAAUCAAAAGAAGAAGUUGAAAGUGAAUCGAAAGAAGAAAAGGAAGCUGAGACAGAGUCAAAAGAAGAAGCUGAAACCAAAAGUGAAAGUAAAACCGAAUCAAAGGAAGAAGCCGAAACUGAAUCGAAAGAAGAAAAGGAAGAAGUUGAAAGUGAAUCAAAGGAAGAAGCUGAAAGUGAAUCGAAAGAAGAAGCUGAAGCUGAAUCAAAGGAAGAAGCUGAGACCAAAAGUGAAAGUACAACCGAAUCGAAAGAAGAAAAGGAAGCUGAAGCUGAAUCAAAGGAAGAAGCUGAAAGUGAAUCGAAAGAAGAAGCCGAAAGUGAAUCGAAAGAAGAAGCCGAAACUGAAUCAAAAGAAGAAGCUGAAAGUGAAUCAAAAGAAGAAGCCGAAAGUGAAUCAAAGGAAGAAGCUGAAAGUGAAUCGAAAGAAGAAGCCGAAAGUGAAUCAAAAGAAGAAGCUGAAGGUAAAUCAAAGGAAGAAACUGAAAGUACCGCCGAAUCGAAAGAAGAAGCUGAGACUGAAAUGAAGGAUAGCACAGAGGCUGAAGAAAGUGAUUCAAGCAGCCCUAUGACUACCACGAUUCACGACAGUUCCGUGAUCUCUUCAUUUGCCACUUUUUCAAAUUCGACGCGAGCAACAAAACUUUCUCCCACCUUCUCCUACUCAUCAUCAUCAUCAUCUAACAAUCUAACGAAUCUCAUCUUUAAACGUCAUCCAAUAAAUACAAAGAAGCGAACCAUAUAUACCGAUAUUUUAAAGAACAUCGGUAAAAAGCGAAUGCCAUUCGCUGGGGAUUUCAAUUUCCGACAGCGUCACAAGAUUCGCUACUUCGAAGGCUCGCAUCCCGACACCGUUCCUCGCAAUCGCAGCAUGAUUCCAGAGACAGAUCACUACGAUAUUACAAUGAUCUCUCAGACAUCGUAG